GAAAUUUUUAUGCUGUAGUGAUUGUUUCUGCUUUUGUGAUUUUCAUUGCAGCGGUCGUGGUUGGUCCAGCCGUCAAAGAGCUUAAGUAGAAGAUGCCGUUCGAGGAACCCAGGUUGAGGACACCAUAGGUGAGUAGGUUGAAGCACAAUCUUGUAAAAACAUUGUCCCCGUCGAGAAAACGAGUCGUCGUCGUGAGCAUCAUUUUACAACCAUAUACAAACAAGAUGCUCUUCGAACCGGCCCAGCACUCGCUGCGCCGUUCUAGCUCGUCGAGCUCCCGCCCUGCAACCGGAGCAGCAUGUCGUCCAAGAAGUACGACCGGUUUGGGUUCGAACCCUGCUGGCGCCCCCAAUAGAACAAAGUCCAAAAACACUAGUACAGCCUGCACUUCCUCCUCCUCCCGCUGCAAGAGGGCUACAGUAAGCAGUACGCACAGGAGCAGCGGCAGCAGCUUCCCCAGCAUGAACAAGGCCUACUUUGCGGCGCUCACAGCCUCGCAAAUUCUCCUGCUCGCCGACGCGAGAACCUUACUAGUCCACGGGCCGGUGGAUCCGAAUAAGGACGGCGGAAAACGGUUCUACGCUGAAAUAUCAACAACUAAUAGUGUAUUUUCGGUGGACGUCGUGAAGCAACAGUUCGCGGAGGAGCACCUGAAACAGGACACUGGGGGUAUUGCGAGGAAAAAUCUCCCCUCCCCAUUUCGAAAAGGAAAUUUGUGAUGCUGAUUUGUGACCACCACCACACUCAAAUCAGCUCUGUCUUGCGUACAAGGCAAACGGCACCCAUGUGGCGCAUUGUGCAGCGAGUCUGUCAUGCGUUUUCGCCUAUGUCAGGCUUGUUUCUCAUGCUCAGCUGCUAGCCGGAUGCGUACCCAAAUGGGCUUAGAAUAUGCCAACAAGCUCUCGCUGCAAUACAAAGUUCAUUUGUGUACACAAAUGCAGCAACGCAAGUUGUCUUCUGAAUAUGGGGUGGGGGCUUUUUUCACUCUGAUAGUAGGGGAGGCCCGGCGCUACUACCGGGACCUCACCGGAUUUUCUCUAGUGUACGACGGGCGGAAAAUUGUCGGUAUUUAUUUUCAUCAUGUUGGACUGAUCGAUGUUUGUCAUGCAGGAUAUGCUUGCAAAUGCAAAAGAUAAGAUUUUGUCAUCUGGCAUUUUACACACGGACGACCAUCACAAGAGCCUGUUUUGCUGCUACCUGGAUCCAUUCAAUCAAGAAUUUCUACUAGCUCUCAUCAUCCUUUUCGCAGUGUCUACUCUCUAUAAUAAGUACAAAAACCAGAAACUUAAACCACACAUCAACAGACGGCCCUGCUUCCGAUUCCGCGCGCAAACACCAAGCGGACGACAUCGAUACGAUAUCCCUCGAAGACAUCCCGGACCGCGCAGAGAUCCAGCUUCAGCGAGCUCGGGGCUCCGUGGGCGAGAUGCACCGGUGGUCCCACAGCAUCACCGGGAUUUCGAGUUUGUACGGGGGCAGCUCCAGCGACGAUGCUGCAUCCGACGCGGACAGUUCAUCAUCCACCUCCUCAGCGGAUUUGUUCACCUUUGCCUGGCAGCGAGAUCUGUACCUGGCGACUGGAGUGGUACUGGAUCUCACCGAUGUGAAGGUGAUCGGGGUGAUGCUUUUACUCCUGGCGGUACUGCUCAUUCUGGUCACGAAACUCUGCUCCGCCUUGCUCGGAACGAGUACCGCCAGCUCGAAGAAUCUGAUCAGUUCGCCACCUCCGAGAGGGAAAUCCGCAAUGUCGUCAAGGUCAGCCUCGACAGCGGCGAACCGCGGGUUUUCCCGCACACCCGGAGGGACAACGGCUGGUAGUGCGAUGAAAAAAGGUUCAAAGAAAGACGAUUCUCCCUCUCUACUCUACCAAGACGACGAAGAGGAGCUUUCUGUCGGGCAGAAACUGGUCCGCCGCGUGACGACGGCGAUGAAGGUAAGCCCCGUGUCUGCCAUGAAGGGAGGCAGUGGGAGUAGCAAGCCUUUGACAGAGAAGGGAAAAGUGAAAAUAUCCGGGUUCGAAGUGAAGAAUUGGAACGGGGUUUACUACAAUAGCAUUUCAACUAGUACAUCCUCUAGAAGUGGUGCUAGCAGCAGUAAUUCUAGCUACAAGCUGCUGUCAAGUUCUUCGAAAAAGCACCAAGCGGUGCAAUUCGUCCGGAAAAUAUGCAUUGCAAAUAUGUCGGGGUCUGGAAAAGGACCAAGUUUGUCAUGCAUAUUUUCCAUGAAUCAUGAAGUCUGUGAUGCAUGCCCGAGCAUCACACAUUCUGCGAGAGCUUUCUGAUGCUCAUACCGCUUGAGAAAUGCCCCCUUCGCGUGGCAAAAACUGGGUCUCUUUUGCUGUUCAUGCAAUACAGGUUUUAUGUAGAGUCCCAAGGUAGCAUGACAAGUUGCAUCCUCCCAGACCCAGACAUAUUUGCAAUGGAUAGAAAAAACCGCGGAGCAAAACGGAGCAAUACGUGUUGGAAGCGAAUUAUGGAAGUGUCAGAAUCGAAAUCGACAAAAUCGAAAUGAUUUGUCAUGCAUAUAAUGGAUUCCAGUUCUUGUUCGAACCCAGUUUCUUAGCGGUGCAUGACAAAUUCUGGCGUUGCCGUAUUCCAGUUUGUAAUGCUGUUUAGGCAAAGAAGACUGAUUCUCUCAUGCUGCUUUAGCAGCUCGAGCUAUAACCCCAAACAGGCUUACAAUCGGCUUCACUUGCCUGCUCUGCAACACACGUAUUGCGCGUCAUGCAUUUUAUGCAUCACAAAUCUUUCGACUUUGUCAAUUUCGAUCCUGACAGUUCCAUACAAAUCUGUCAGCGACGAAAUGGAGUUUGUUUCUAGAGAAUGAGCAAACGGACGAGAAAAAGCUCCUAGCCGAGACAACGUCCAUGCUAUGAAUUGCAAAAAUGUCUGGGUCUGGAAGAUAAUUGCAACUUGUCAUGGUAAAUCUGAAGCAUGCAAAAAUCUGUGUUGCAUGAGUGCCAAAAGCUGUCCACUUUUGACCAAGUUGGACCGGAGUUUCUCAUGCAGAAUAGGCAUGAUAGGGAUCUCACAGAAUGUCUGUCAUGCUAAGUCCCGCAUAGCAGACCGCAUGGGUCAUGGAAAAUCUGCAUGACAGGUCUACACUCUUCCAGACCCAGACACGUUUGCACUUGAUACAUGCUGGGUGGCGGCAACAGCAGCGGCGUUGCAGACUGGAAUUGUGUGGCGUCCGAGGGAGACGCGGGUACAUUUCUGUCCGAGAUUGUAGAAGAUGUGAGGAUAGAAUGAAGUAUUUUACGUAGUAGAGGAGCAGCAGGCGUUGAUCAUUUCUCGUGCUGUCUUCACGCGUGACGCAUGUUUGUAUAGUUACAGCUGCUACAUCGUAAGCGUAGCGGAAAAGAAAGAAACGAAAGAAGCAUCCAUCUCAAUAUUUUAC